AUGUCCAACCACGAAGGCUCUAGCCAGAGCGAUGGCUGCGACAGCCAUCACGGGGACUGUACGGAAGUAGAAUUUGACGGAGAGUAUUUCAACAGCUCCCGGUACAGCUGGGAGCACCGAGGGGACAACAUUCCGUGGUGUCCGCGCGACGUCAUUGAGCAUCCGGGCGGGACACCCACCACGUCCUCCAAAGGCAAGGCGGAUACCGAGCACAAGAAGGAUGUGGCAAAGGGAAGCAGGAGCCGACAAGGAAGGAAGGACACGGCUUCAAAGUCAUGA